AUGAGGUUCCGACUGAAUCAUCUCGUCCCGAACGAGGUACCCGUCGCUGAAAAACCAGCUCAAACCUCAUCUGCGGAUGAAGAGAAAGUGCCAGCAACCACAGCCAGUACGCUCCAGGAAAAUGAUGAAAUUAUCACGAACAAAGAAUUUCAACAUGGAGUCCAAGCAGCUGAGGCUAUUAUUCAAAUGUGGACAAAAAAUCAUUUGAUUUUUGCUUAUGUUCUUAUCUGGGUCAUUGAAUUCAUAAUGACAUUCGCCUCCGGAUUAACUAGCACACUUACGCCCUAUGUAACCUCCUCUUUCCAAGCUCACUCCCUCACAGCAACAACUUCCAUCAUCUCUAGUCUCAUAGCCGGUCUCAUCAAACUACCAUAUGCAAAGGUCAUGGAUAUCUGGGGUCGUCCUCAAGCGUUCUGUCUCAUGGUCGUCUCAUGGACCCUUGGUAUGAUCAUGAUGGCGGGAUGCCAAGACGUCAAGACAUAUUGCGCAGCUCAAGUGUUCUACUACGUUGGAUACAACGGUAUUGGUUUUACGCUUACAAUCUUCAUCGCUGAUACCACACAACUUAAAAACCGAGCUUGGUGGAUUGCUUUCUCAUCUUCGCCAUGGAUUGUAACUGUGUGGGCAACAGGGCCUGCUGCCCAAAGUGUUUUGAGCACGAUUGGAUUUAGAUGGGGCUUUGGUAUUUGGGCUAUCAUUUUACCAAUUAUAUGUGCGCCUUUGUUUGGGCUUUUCUAUUUCUAUCAGAAAAAAGCUGAAAAACAAGGGUUGAUCCAGAAGAUCGAUAGUGGAAGAACUUGGACUAAGUCAUUCUUUUACUAUUGCAGAGAGUUUGAUGUCAUCGGUCUGUUGUUAAUCGCUACUGGCCUGGCUCUGUUCCUACUUACAUUUAGCUUGUACAGCUAUCAGAAGGGCGAGUGGAAGUCUCCAUUGGUGAUUUGCUUCAUCAUAUUUGGUGGAAUUUUGAUAAUUGCUUUCGCUUUGUACGAAACCUAUUUUGCGCCUGUGACAUUCAUUCCUUGGGCUUUGAUGAAGGAUCGUACGGUAUUUUUCACUUAUUCCAUGGUUGCCAGUCGUUACUGUGCAUGGUACAUUUGGGACUCCUAUUUCUACUCCAUGCUCAUAGUCGUCUUCAACCAAUCAAUCACCAACGCUAGCUAUAUCUCCAAUAUCUACACCAUCGGAUCCUGUUUCUGGGCACUAGUUGUUGGAGUUGUGAUUAGGUAUAAUGGUCGCCUUAAGUGGAUGGCUAUGUAUUUCGGCGUUCCUGUCACAAUUCUCGCCGUCGGCCUCAUGAUCAAAUUUCGUCAGCCCGACACCAACAUUGGGUAUAUAGUAAUGACGCAAAUAUUCAUUGCAUUCGGUGGUGGAACUUUAGUCAUGUGCGAGCAAAUGACCGUCAUGGCAGUGUCCUCCCAUCAACACAUUCCUGCUGUUCUUGCCAUAGAAGCUAUGAUUGCCAGUAUUGGUGGUGCCAUCGGGUCUACUAUUGCCGCUGCUCUGUGGACAGGAAUAUUCCCGGUUAAGCUUGCUGAACUUUUGCCUUCAUCCGCCCAAGCCGACUUCAAAACUAUCUAUGGCAGUCUAACAGUACAGUCAAGUUAUCCGAUUGGAAGUGAGACGAGAAACGCGAUCAACCAAGCUUAUGGUGAUACUCAGAAGCUAAUGUUGAUUUGCGCUACUUGCCUUUACUCAGUUACUCUUGUUUCGACAAUGCUCUGGAGGGAUAUCAACGUCAAGGAAAUUAAACAGAUCAAGGGCCGUAUCUGGUAA